AUGCCCGAUCCAUUCUUUGAGCGGAAACGAAAGCGGCCCAGCAGCAAAGGGGAGGGGAGUGGCAGCGCCGGCAGUGGCAAGCGAGCCGAUGCCAGCAAGACCAAGUUGCGCUUGAACGGCAAGAAGCGGCGCAAUGAGGGCUCAGCGAGCGAGUCUUCAGACGGCGGAGAAGCGGUGGGAGAUGCAGAGACCAUGGAUCUUCGACAUUCCUACACACAUGCGAUGGGUUCCGCAUCAGAAGACGAGAUGGAAGAGACACCUGCUCAAGCUCGUGUGAGGCUGGCCAAACUCUACGUAGAUGGUAUGAAGAAGGAUCUGGGUGGGGAUGAGACGGGCGCGGAUGCGGCACAGGCAGAUGCGGAAAACAUCUCUUCAAGAUUGUUAGGCGUGGCGCAGAGCAGAAGUUCGCACGUGAACAUCAGAGUCGCUCAGCUCAUCAAACCUCCCAGAGCGGAUGACGUGCUUGGAGUCAGAGGACAUCAAAAGAGCGUGACUUGUGCUGCCCUCUCACUCCGAGGCGAUAGCAUCUUUACAUCGAGCAAAGAUGGCGUCAUUUGCAGAUGGGGAUUGGCGGACGGCAAGCUCGUGAGCCGAUCCGAGCUUCGGCCUCGGCAUUCGUCGCAAACUUCCGAUGCCCGAUCCUCAUCGAGGAACAAGACGCACAUUCAACUCUCCUCGAGAUCAGGAGCAGGACGGAAAAGGGCGAGGAAAGCCAUGUCAUCAGGCUCGCUGGAAGAAGCGGGAAGGAGCGCCCGGCCAGCCUUGGGCGGGACUUCAGCCUCCAUGCUUGGAGAGAAGGAGGGUCACACGGAUGAGAUUUGGUCUCUCGCCCUGUCCGACGAUGGCACGCUCCUGGCUUCGGGCGGGAGAGAUAGGCGCGUCGGUCUGUGGGCCAUUGAGCCACGCGCAGACGCUCGCGAACUGUCAGACGUCGCCUCAUCUCGACAGACCUUGACAGCAGCCCCACGCUGGGUGGCCGGUCUAUCCGGUCACAAAGAUAGUGUUACUUCUCUCUCCUUUCGAGUGGGGUCGGGAUUGACGGAGCUCUUCUCGGCUUCGUUGGAUCGGACGCUCAAGCUGUGGGAUGCGACGCAGAGAUCCUACAUCGAGACGUUCUUUGGGCAUCAAGAGUCCUGUCUGUCCGUCUCUGCAUUGCGGGGAGAGCUUGCUGCGUCUGCCGGUGGCAGGGACAAGACGAUCAGGUGGUGGAAGGUCAGAGAUGAGAGCCAAUUGGUUUUCAGAGCUGGCGCGAGGAGUAAAGUCAGAGAAGUCAUCGAAGGUGGUAAUUGGAGAAGGGAAGAAGAGGAGAAAAAGUCAGAAGGUAGCGUAUUUGUAGAAGGAAGCGUGGAUUGCGUGGCCAUGGUGGACGAGCACAACUUCAUCAGCGGUGGAGACAGCGGGUGAGCAGGCUCACGAAGAAGGGGCCAGAUGCUGCUGACAGAGUCGCUCGCUGACGAUCGUCGUUCGGGCGUGCAGUGUCAUCUCCCUUUGGUCUCUAGCCCGCAAGAAGCCGACAUAUACCCACUUUGCGGCACACGGCUUUGACGAGUUGCCAACCUCCUCGAGUGGCGAUGCGGCGAGUGCCGAUGGAGAUGAGGAUGAUGCAUCAGCGGCCAGAAGCACGACGCGACAACCUAGGCCGAUUACCUCAGUAGCCGCAUUGCCCUAUGCUGAUGUCUUUGCUAGUGGUGAGCUCCACAUGAAUGGCGCGGAAGCAGGGCUGCAUGCUCACACUCUGUUAUCAUUCCGUCCGUGCAAAGGCUCACACGACGGAAACAUUAGGCUAUGGGCCUUGGAUGCGUCCCUUCGCAAGUUCACGGCGCUCUUCUCCAUCCCAGCACUGGGCUUCGUGAACAGUCUCCAACUAGCCCGACCGCGUAUCCUCCCAGAGGCGAACUCGUGGAGGCGGAGAGGUGGAGUCGGGGCUUCUUUGGAGAGUUCCUCUUUGGGCUCGGAGACGAUCGAUGAGGACGAUGUGGCCGGAGUUUCCACUUCGAAAAAGAGACCGCAAAGGGAUAUCGUCCUUGUAGCUGCAUUGGGCCAAGAGCCCAAAUUCGGGAGGUGGGCCAGCAUCAAAAGAACGUCUGCUUCGAAGCGAGCGGCAGCACAGAAUGUGGUACGUGGACUCACAGAGGAUGCGCAACAGCUCAAUGGCACGCUCGCGGAUACCUCUACUGGUUUGGACGCUGCCUCGACAUCGGCAAGGGUUAGGAACGGCGCUUUAGUCGUCAGGUUGCGCGUAGCAACGCCGACUGACGUGACUGCUGAAUGA